GGGCAGCUUGGGUAGGCUAGUGCAAGUGACCUCACUGGUAGAUUUGUAAAAAAACGACGGAAACAACGACUCUGGUAGCUGGGGUAUCUAUCUACCUAAACCUGAACCUUCUAACAUUCAAUGUUUCCAUCUACGUAAAUCAUUCUUUCCAUCUUCAACUACACAAAUCCGUUGACUCAUCCAUCCUUUCUAUCAGCAACUUGAUUUGUCACUGCAAAUUUCAUUCUUGUUCUUUGCUUGCACAUAUCAAACACCGCCGCUUUUCCACCACCACCACUUCUAAAUAAUCGUUUCUACCAAAACUCAAUCAACGGUUUUUGACAAUAGUCAACCGCCAUUUUCUUUCUAACGAUCACAAUCCGUCCUACCGCGAAACCUUAUUCUUUCCGUAAAUUAACGGUUGCCGACCGGUACAUCGCUUUCCAUCAUGUCUUUUCUCGGCGGACCCGAGUGCUCAACUGCGGGCAACCCCCUCAGCCAAUUCACCAAGCAUACCCAAGAGGAUAACAGCCUCCAACGGGAUCGCAUUAGGAACGGGACUCCCCAGGGUGGUGUAGGUGGUUUUCGCAGUGCCGCGCAGCAUGGACCGCAAGAUGAGAUGAUGAACGGUUUCCUACAACAGAACGGUCGCUUGCCCGACAUGCCGCUCGAGGGCAUGAAUCAGAUAAGAUUAGAUCACCCCAUGCAUGGCGUUCACUUGCGAGCGAACUCGACAUCGCCCGCAUGGGCCAACGAAUUCCAACACAAUCCCCAAGCUGCAAUGGAGUCGGCUUUUAAGGUACCCCAAGGCACCCAGUUCGGUCCCGAGGACUACGCCAAGUUCCAGCAGAUGACCAACCAAGCUACCUCAUCGCGAGCAAGCCCUAUGCCGUCAGCCAUGCCAUAUCAAUCCCCUAUGAUGGGAAUGGGUAUGGGAAUGGGAAUGAACAGCAUGGGCAUGAACUACGGUAUGGCCGGGAUGCCUAUGUACGGUGCCGCACCCCAACAAUUCGCAGAUAGGACCGAACAAAACAAAGGAAAGGGGAAGGAAAAGGUUGUUGAGCUCGAUGAUUCGCAGUGGGAGGAACAGUUUAAGCAACUGGAACUGCAAGAAACAGAGACGAAAGAAGGUGACGAAGCCGCAGCACUAGAGCCGGAACUGAAUAAGCUAGAUGAAAAGAUCUUGGAAUCGGAAACCAACGAGUUCGGUGAUUUCGAGUCAAUCUGGAGAGGUAUCCGCUCAGAAGAGGCUGCUGCGAAAGAGACGCUCGAUGAGGAAGAGUGGAUUGAACAGCUAGGAGAUCCCAACUGGAGUGAUCGGUUUGGCGAUGAGCGAUUCGACUGGGGCAUGCCAGGCGCUAACACCAGGUUGAUCGGCGACCCUGAAGUGGAGAAUUAUCUCUUCGAAGAUGAUAACCUCUUCAAUAAUACAGACAACCCUUUCGAGCAGGGUAUGCGAAUCGUGGAGGAGGGUGGCAAUCUCUCCCUUGCUGCUCUUGCUUUUGAGGCUGCAGCUCAUAAGGACCCUACGCAUGUUGAAGCUUGGGUCCAGCUAGGCAUGGCCCAGGCACAGAACGAAAAGGAGACGGCAGCAAUCCGAGCACUUGAGCAGGCGAAGAAGCUCGACCCGAAUAACGCACCUGCACUCAUGACGUUGGCGGUCUCUUACACGAAUGAAGGCUACGACAGUAUAGCGUACCGAACACUGGAGCGAUGGCUUUCUAUCAGAUACCCUUCUAUCAUCUCGCCUAACGAUGUUUCGUCAGCUGCCGAAUUAGGUUUCACCGAGCGUCAGAGGCUCCACGACCGUGUUACGGAGCUGUUCAUCAAUGCAGCCCGGCUAAGUCCGGAUGGCGAGCAUAUGGACCCAGAUGUACAAGUCGGCUUGGGUGUACUAUUCUACGGCGCUGAAGAGUACGACAAGGCUGUAGACUGCUUCUCAGCUGCACUAGCGUCAACGGAACUGGGUGCAUCGAACCAACAGGGACAGGUACACCUGUUAUGGAAUCGCCUGGGCGCAACGCUGGCCAACAGCGGCAAGAGUGAAGAGGCAAUCGCGGCUUACGAGAAAGCACUAACGCUGCGACCUAACUUUGUGCGAGCACGAUACAACUUAGGUGUCAGUUGUAUCAACAUGAAUUGCCACGCAGAGGCAGCAGGUCAUCUAUUAGCAGCACUCAGUAUGCACAAGUCCGUAGAGCGUGAGGGCCGCGAGAAAGCCCGCGAGCUACUAGGAGGCAAGGGAGUUAGCGACGCACAGCUCGAUGCCAUGACCACACAGAACAGGAGCACCAAUCUGUACGAUACAUUACGCCGCGUCUUUACCCAAAUGGGCCGCCGUGACCUCGCUGAGAAAGUAUUGCCCGGUGUCGACCCAGAGGUGUUUCGAGGCGAGGUCGACUUCUAGAGGAAGUCGGUGACCAAAUGGGAUAGAAAUGUGGCCAAUGGCUGGUUCGUAACAGGUUCGGACAACAUGAUAGGGAAUCCCGCCCUCUACUCCCAGUUGUGGAAGAGCUUAGACGCUGCAAGGAACAGGGCUAAGUAUUUGAAGGUGGCAGGUAUGAAGGCGGCCCUUGCUCGACGCGCAGAGUGCGAGCGUGAACUACGACUUUCACAGGAUGACUUGAAAUCGGCUGAACGUUUCCAAGGGGAGCUAGAUAAAGGGGACUUUGAACCAGGUACGAGGC